ACGAGCUGAGGAUUGAGAGGCUCAAUUCCCUCUCAUCCGAUUAGAUACACGGCUGAAUUCAGAAACUGGAAAACUUCACAGAAUUAUGCUUCCUUCCAAUCUUCGUUCUCCUGCUGAAAAUUUGUUCUUGCUUCCAUCAACAUCAUACUCGCCCUCUAAACAUGUGGAUGAGCUCAAAUUCAUCAAUGCGUAUGAUCUUCACGCGUCAGGGAUUUGGAUUUCGCGGAAUCAAAGUCCAAGAAAACGAAGAAGGACAACAAUGAGUGUUGAAACCAACGUGGUGUCUCCUCAAUCAGGGAACCGGCUUUACCUCGGUAUGGAUUUUGGUACCUCUGGCGCAAGAUUUGCGCUCAUUGACAAGGAAGGGGAUGUUUGUGCGGAGGGAAAGAGGGAGUAUCCGCUUUAUAAGAACCAUGAAACAAUCGAUUGGGCAAGAUCGUGGAAAACAACACUUUUUUCACUGCUUGAAGAUGUUCCAAAUCGUUAUCGUCAUUUGGUGGCAUCAAUUUCUAUAGAUGGCACAUCUGCAACUACCUUAAUCGUGGACAGCAACACAGGACAGCCAUUGUCAAAGCCAUUAUUGUACAAUGAGAGUUGUCCUGAUGCCUUACCAUUGGUGAAGUCUGUUGCUCCAGUGAACCAUACAGUCUGCUCUGCGUCAUCUACUUUAUGCAAGCUGGUUUCAUGGUGGAACAGUACUGACUCGAGUAAAGAAUCUGCUACAUUGUUACAUCAAGCAGAUUGGUUAUUGUGGUUUCUACAUGGAAAGCUUGGGGUUUCAGAUUAUAAUAAUGCUUUAAAGGUUGGCUACGAUCCUGAAAUUGACUCUUACCCACCCUGGCUUCUUGUUCAACCAUAUUCUCAACUUUUACCACACGUCAAAGCUCCUGGAACUUAUAUUGGAUAUUUGAAAGAGGACAUUAGAUCACAAUUUGGAUUUCCAAAUGAUUGCAUUGCAUGCACAGGAACCACAGAUAGUAUUGCUGCAUUUCUUGCAGCACGUGCAACCCUGCCAGGGCAAGCUGUCACUUCCUUGGGCUCCACGCUUGCCAUCAAACUAUUGAGUACCAAUAGGAUUGAUGAUGCACGGUUUGGAGUGUACAGUCACCGACUUGACAAUAUGUGGCUCGUUGGAGGUGCUUCAAACACAGGAGGAGCUGUUCUUAGGCAAAUCUUUACUGAUGAGCAAUUAGAAGAAUUGAGCAAACAAAUCAAUCCCAUGAAAAGUUCUCCUCUAGAUUAUUAUCCCUUGACUUCAAUUGGAGAGAGAUUUCCAGAGGCAGACCCACAAAUGGCUCCCAGAUUACAUCCACGGCCAGAAAAUGAUGUCGAAUAUUUGCAUGGAAUUUUGGAAUCUAUUGCGCGUAUUGAGGGAAAGGCUUAUGGGUUAUUGAAGGAUCUAGGAGCAACUGAAGUUGAAGAAGUGUUCACAGCAGGAGGUGGAUCCAAAAAUGAGAAAUGGAGGAAGAUACGAGAGAGAGUUCUUGGUUUGCCUGUGAGUCGGGCAAGUCAGACAGAGGCUGCCUAUGGAGCUGCUCUGUUGGCUUUAAGAGGUGCCCAAUCAUCCAUUCAAUGAGUGCUUUGUACUUGUACUUGUACAUUUGUUGAAGCUAAAAUGUUGAGGGAAUCCUUCUUUUUUUCCUUUUUCUUGCUUCAUAACCUGAUCAAUCUUUCUUUCUUGCUUAAUUGUGAUCAAUUGUCAAUUUUUUAGAAUAUUAAAUUACAAAUGGAGAUGAAAUUCAAACCUCUACCUCAAGA